AUGUCCAGAUUAUCUUUCUGUCUAAAAUUUUUAUUAAUAGGUUUGUGUAUAAAUUACUCAUUAAAUGCAUCCAAUUUUUAUGAACACGGAACAAGUCUAGAGGGUAGCACUCAAUUUAGGGCAGUUGCAAUAUUGAAGAGUGUUAGAUCGUAUGCAAUAAUAUUAAUUGGGGCUGCUAAUUGUUUUAGCGAAUACAAAAUUGGAGCAAUGUCUAAGCAUCUUGACAUUUUAGCAUCUUUAAUCAACAAUUCAAAUGAAUCGAUUAGUAGAAUAAAACCUAGUCUUAGCCAAGAAGAAGAAGAAUUGCUUAAAGGAAUGAAUUGUGUUCCUGAGUUAGAAAUAUUGUUUGAUGAUGUAUAUAAAAUUGUAAGAGAAUGCUUGACUGAAGGUCUUCGCCCAAAUAGAGUCAAACUAUUUGAAGAGCUGUUAUUUCAAAUGCAAAUGUCCAUAUUACCUUGUAUUGCUAGUGUUGAUACUCAUAUUACUUUUCCUGGACAUUCUUUAGAAGAUAUUUCAAAUUCAAUUCAAUUAAUAAUUUCGAGUUCAGCCUAUUCAGUAACUAGAAUGCUAAAGUUAGCAUAUUCUGAAAAACCAACUGGGGACGAUAGUGAGAAAAAAGAAUCGAAGAAAGAAAAAGCAGGCGCAAAUAAAAAACUUAGUAAUAAAGAAUAUGAAAAGGCAAGUAAAGAUGCUGAUUUGAAUGCUCAUUUACUCUUAGGAUGUUGUAAAGAUGGAACUUGCGGUUCUCUUGAAAACAAAAGCAGAUCCAAAACUAGAAAUAAAAAAGGUGGAGGAAGAAAAAAGAGGAUGAAUGAUGUUGGUUUGGAUCAAGAAGAAAUAUCUGAAGCUUGUAUAAAAGAAGAAACCCAUAAAGAAAGUUGUGCGGUCUCAGAUCCUCUUCUUGGGCAACUUGUACAAAUUGUGGAAUUAGUUAUUAAUAAACUCAAAGAAAUAGCAUUUUUAGAAGAAAAACUUCAAGUUUUAGCCUUCAAUUAUCAAGCAAUAAUGAGAGAAAUUGAGCAAAAUUCUGAGAUAGCAAAGAAUGAAAAAUUGAAAGAUAGGGUAUGCAAGCUACCUAAGGACGUGAUCUUUAAAGCCAGAAAUGAACAAGAGAUUGAAAAAUUAAAAAGUGAAUACACAAGAAACCUAAAGAAAAUGUCUGAAUCUUCAAUUUGUACAUGCACAGGAGAAGAUUGUAAAAUAAUCGUUAAUUCAGGAUUAAAAGUUUGCUAUCAUAACUCUAAGAAAAUUGAACCAUACAAAGAAAAUGAAAUUUGUUUUAUUGAUUAA